AUGAUUCUUCGUGGCGAAACCAUUGAUGUCUCGAAAGAGCCGAUCCAUCAAGUGUUGCUCAAAAGGCUGGAAUAUUUCCAGAAAAAGAAACCGGAUUCUCCUGCAUUUCUGAGUGCAGAAAAUAGAAAUGACUGUGUAACGCGAGGAGAUCUCAUUCAAUAUACGCUUAGGAUCUCAGAAUGGUUUAUCGAAAACGGCUACAAGAAAGGCGAUGUCAUCCUUGUUGCGGCAAAUAACGAUUGGAGAGCGGUUGUUGUCUUUUUUGCAGCUUGGAGGGCUGGAAUUAUAGUUUCUCCUGCGUGCCCUUUAUUCACAAAAUAUGAAAUGGAAUACCAAUUAAAUGACAGUACUGCGAAGAUGGUAUUUGCUGACAAAUCAACUAUUCAUUUAUUCGAUCACCAUAAAAUAAAGCAUCUUGUGUGUUUGAAUGAUAAUGUCCCAAACACACUAAGUUUUGAUGAAUUGAUAUCAAGACCGGUCAGACAUCUUAAAAUGCCCGAUAUUGACACAGAGAAUGAUUUAGUAUUCCUUCCUUACUCUUCAGGAACAACUGGCAAACCAAAGGGAGUUAUGCUUGCACAUGAAAACCUUGCGACUAUGCUAGCAGCUGUAAUUAAAAAAAUUGAGGAUGCAGCUGAGAAAUAUGGUCUACCUCGUGAUUUUGCUCCUGAAUAUGACUUACAUUUCCUUCCAAUCUACCAUGUGAUGGGAUUUUUCCGAACACUUAUAUCAUGUUAUCGAGGAACAUGUCAACUGAUGUUUCACAAAUUCGAUCUUGAUCUUGUUUUGAAAUUAGUCGAAGAAUAUUCGAUAACGGCACUGAAUAUGGUUCCAGCCGUGUUGGUUCGUUUAGUGAAUUCGCCACUUCUCAAAAAGUAUGAUUUGUCAUCCUUGAUGUCUAUUGCCCUUGGAUCCGCCCCUCUUCCAGAAGGCGUCUUGAACAAAUUAUUGUCAAUGUAUCCGCAAAUCAAAGUCGUUCAAGGAUAUGGUAUGACGGAACUCACUCUGGCUUCUCACUUGCCAGCUGUUGAUUCGCCGCCAUUAAGUGUUGGUCGUCUGAUUCCUGGAUUCGAGAUGAAAGUUAAAAAAGAAGACGGGAGUUUGUGCGGGGUUGGAGAAAUAGGCGAAUGCUGGUUGAAAGGGCCACAGCUCAUGAAGGGAUAUUGGAAGAAACAAGAUUUGAUGAAGGAGAUUUUAGACGAAGAUGGAUUCAUGAGAACCGGUGAUAUUGUCUAUUAUGACAAAAAUGGAGACACGUUUAUUUGCGAUCGUGCUAAAGAGCUCAUCAAAGUAAAUGCCAAGCAAGUGGCUCCCGCUGAACUGGAAUCGGUGCUUCUUGAACACGAUAAUGUCGUCGAUGCGUGCGUUUUCGGUGUCGACGACGUUUCCACUGGUGAGAAGCCUGUAGCUGCUGUCGUCCCGAAAUAUGGAAAAGACCAAAAAAUUGCCGAGGAUAUCAUUCGCUACAUUAACAGGAAAUUGGCUAAAUACAAGAACGUCAAUGAAAUCAUUUUUGUAAACGAGAUUGCCAGAACAGCAACUGGGAAAAUAUUGAGGCGAACAAUGAAGAAAGCUUAUUUGGAUGCCAAGAAAUCGCGUCUUUAA